CCCAGGUGUGCCAAAGGUAAUGCUGCUGUGUGGGGCAGAUUUCUUGGAGUCCUUCGGAGUUCCUAAUCUGUGGAAGAGUGAGGAUAUUGCCCAAAUCGUGGAAGAGUAUGGGCUCGUCUGUAUUACUCGGGCUGGAAAUGAUGCCCAGAAAUUCAUCUAUGAAUCCGAUGUGCUAUGGAAACAUCAGAACAACAUUCACCUGGUGGAUGAAUGGAUCACCAACGACAUCUCAGCCACAAAGAUCCGGCGGGCCCUCAGAAGGGGCCAGAGCAUUCGCUACUUGGUACCAGAUCUUGUCCAGGAAUAUAUUGAAAAGUAUAACUUGUACAGCCCCGAGAGUGAAGAGAGGAAUGUCGGGGUGAUCCUGGCUCCUUUGCAGAGAAAUGCUGCCGAAGCUAACUCGAACAACUUCAGCGAUGACAUCACACUACUUGGAAGAGAGAGAACUAUGGAGAAUGAGGAGUCUUAUUAAAAGGUUUUAAGUAUCAGUGCUCUUAGCCUUUAUUGAUAGCCCAGUAAUCAAAAGAUGGAGACCCUAAGAACAUGAGAAAUGCCGCAGUGGGUCAGCCCAGCAGCUCCUCCCGUUCAGAAUUGUGAGCAUUGAUGAAUGGCUUGUGGAGGAAUUCCCAUGAUCUCAAUCUAAACUCCUGAAUUUCUGAACAGCCCUGCUGGUUCUGUUUCAGCCCACCGUGAAUCAGCACUUUGUAAAUUUUAGCAGAAAAUGGGUCUGUUUUGUUUUUUUUCUUCUUAUCCUUGUGUAUGGCUUUUAGCCAGAGUAGGACUCCCAAAUAAGAAAUGAAUCCCAGUUGUAUGUAACAAAUACAAGCUUUUUACAUGGUUUGAUAUUGAUUAAAAUUUUGUUGAAGUUUUAUCAAUUGGUAAAAACAAAAAGACCAGAAAUAACUUUUUAUAUAGUUUUAUGGUUUGUACAAAUCAUUCUGUGGUAGAAAUAUGACUAAAGUUAAAUUUCUAAUGAAAACAAUUUACCUUUUUACAAUUUAUAUUUGAAACUUCACAUUACACUACUCAAACCUACACUAAAUUGAAAAGUUUACCUUUUUACAGUUUUUAUUUCAGACCUACACUAUAAAUCAUUAAGGAUUUAUAACUGCAAUGUACUUACAACUGUGUAAUUUAAUUGUAUAGGAAGGUCUGAAUCCAGUUUAAAAAGUUAAAUGAUAAAGUUGGCAAAUGUAAAUGCUGCAUCUCCUGAUUUGUCCUUACUAAAGCUGGCAGGCUGACUUCCCAGAGAGCCAGGAAGUAGUGCAAUGCCUGACCCCACGGGUGUCAGUCUCUGCAGAAUGAAUGACAGGAUCUCAGCGCAGAGAGAUGAGGGACUUUCUUCCCUGCCUUAGCUUUUUGGAGUUGAAGAGUUGGGGCAGUACUGAAAAACAGAAGUCUAGAAGCAGAGAAAGCUACCAAAAUUUAACUUUGAUUUCUUCUCAUGGAAAACUAUAUUUCGUUCAUCUGAAGUAUGUGUAAACUGCAAGUUUCCAAUGCCAGAAAUUUCUCUUAUACUAGGUAGGUGCCUUCCUACCUAGAAGUACCCACCCUGCUCAGCUGUUAGUAUAUUGACCUCAGGACCCGCUGCAUAAGCAGGUGGGGACCCUCCCAGGAGACCUGGUAAUAAUGAUACUUUUGUGCUCUUUGUUGAUCAACAGCUUUGCACACAGAACGAGUUAGCUUGGCUCUUUGUGCUACUACCAAGGAUGCUGCUAAUGCCACAGCAUAAUAACCUAGUUUGGGGUGUCCUCAAGGACAGAACUCCCUCUUCAGAUAAUGGAAAUCAGAACAAUGAACUUCACCGGAGAAUAAAUAGUAACAACUGUUGUGACUUCCGCUGAAGAAGAGGAAACUGCCAUUAUUUAUUCCCUAUCAUGACUUUUUCAUAAUUUGCUUGUGUAAUACAAAUUUAGAGUUGAGGAAAUAUGUAAAGCUGCUGUUUUGUUUGUUUGAUGCUGGUGUUUUUUAUUUGUUGUACUCCUUUACCCCUUACAUUGUACAAUUUGCAGCAAAUGAACUUAUAGUAAAAGGCCUUGACUGGCAGCUUCAUUCAGCUGUACAUACUACA